CCAAACAUGAAAGAGGUAGUUAAGAAGGAAGUUGUCAAACUCUUGGAUGCCGGAAUUAUUUACCCAAUCUUCGAUAACAAAUGGGAAACUCCUUUCGUCUUUGACCAAGCAUGCCUAGACGCUUUUCAUAAAUUACGUGAAUUAUUAUCAUCUGCUCCUAUCAUGCAACCUCCCAAUUGGUCAUUGCCAUUUGAAAUCAUGUGUGAUGCUUCUAAUUAUGCCAUGGGGGCAGUUUUGGGACAAAGAGUGGGUAAGCUUCCUUGUGCCAUAUACUAUGCAAAAUUCGAUUUUGAAAUCAAGGACAAGAAAGGCACCGAAAAUGUGGUUGCCGAUCAUCUUUCUAGGUUAUCGAUAGAGCCUUUCCCCAGUCUACCAAUCUGUGACUCUUUUCCGAAUGAACAACUCUUCCAAAUUUCUAAUGGAAAAAUGCCUUGGUUUGCCGACAUUGUGAACUAUUUGGCAGUAGGCAAGCUACCAACUUCUUGGUCAAAGAACGAAAAGAAUCGUUUCUUUGCCAACAUCCGGAAUUACUAUUGGGAAGACCCUGUCUUGUACCGAUAUUGUCUGGAUCAAAUUGUGAGAAGAUGCAUUCCAGAGAGUGAAAUUCCAAGUGUCCUAGUAUUUUGUCACACUCUUACAUUUGCCGUUGAUUAUGUUUCCAAGUGGGUGGAAGCAUGUGCUACCAAAACAAAUGACCACUCCGUGGUCAUUCAAUUCAUCAAAUCCAAUAUCUUUGCUCAUUUUGGAAUGCCAAGGGCUAUAAUAAGUGAUGGAGGAAAACAUUUUUGCAAUCAAUUCUUGAGGCACAUAUUUCUUAAGUACUCCGUCACUCAUAAGGUAGCCACUCCCUACCAUCCUCAAACAAGCGGGCAAGUUGAAGUGUCUAACCGAAAAAUUAAGUAUAGUCUUGAGAAAACGACCAUGACUAAGAAUGACAGCUCUUCCACUUCAGCCACACCUGAGGCUCAUGAUCAAAUAUGUCGCUUAGAGGAGCACCUUCAGAGUUUGGAGGAUAUGCUGGUUACCCUUAGAGCUGACAUUAGUACCCUUCGUCUGAAUAUGAUGGCUGCCAUUCGAGCUAACAUUUCUCGCCUCCGUACGGAGAUCUUGACUGCCAUUGAUGACUUAGCCAGGGAGAUCUGCGGAGCUCCCUCUGCCUGA